AUGGCAGCACGACGUAUCGCCAAGGAAUUAAAGGAAGUGACCGAAAAUCCCAUCCCAGGUAUCAGCACAUCUUUAUUGAAGGAGGAUGAUUUACAUCAAUGGAAAGUCGAAAUGGAAGGUCCUGCAUACACGCCAUAUGCCGGCGGCUUAUUCAUCCUCAACGUUGCCCUUCCCAAAGACUACCCUUUCAAGCCUCCCGUUGUCAACUUCGUAACUCGCAUCUAUCACCCCAACGUUACCUUCGAUGAGAAAGGAUCGAUUUGUGUGGACGAGUUGAAGCAAGACAAGUGGAAGCCAAGUGGUAAGAUCACGGCAAUUCUGGGGGCUAUCAGGAAUCUUUUGAUUCAGCCAAAUCCAGAUGAUCCAUUAGAGAAUGCGAUUGCGGAGAAGUGCAAGACAGACACAGAGGGCUUUGCGAAGGAGGCGAGGGAAAAUACCAGGAAGGAGCGGAAGUUGGAUGGCUUCGGAACGGAAACGACACGAAGUCAUGGAAAUAUGACAAUGCAUGACAGCAGCGUCACCAACGAGAUGUUUGUCAUUAGCGCUAUGGGUACAUAG